GUCUGCGGUGUAAACAUUUCUGGGUAAAGGAUGGUGUUGGCAGAAAAAAAUUCAGAAAACGUCCGGAAUGGCCGGAGAAGUAGGGGGCCAAGUCCCAAUGGACACAUACAAGCAGAGAGCACAAGCGAGGACGAGAGCUCAGUGCCAGUAGAUAAAAUAAGGGUCGGUAGAGAUUACCAAGCAGUUUGUCCAGAAUUGCAGCCAGAAGCACAAAGAAAACCUGAACUAUUGGCAGACAGAGCACUACUGGUGUGGUCCCCUACAGAAACCAUUCCUGAAACAAAAUUGGAAGACUACAUUGUCCUUGCCAAAGACAAAUAUGGAUACAAUGGGGAACAGGCAUUGGGUAUGCUCUUUUGGCACAAACAUGAUUUGGACCGGGCUGUUUUGGAUUUGGCUAAUUUCACACCUUUCCCAGAUGAGUGGUCAGUUGAAGACAAAGUAUUAUUCGAACAGGCCUUCCAGUUCCAUGGAAAAAGUUUUCACAGAAUCCGUCAAAUGUUGCCAGACAAGAGCAUAGCAAGCUUGGUAAAGUACUACUACAGCUGGAAGAAAACCAGAUCACGCACAAGUCUUAUGGACAAACAAGCGAGGAAAUUGAACACACCCAAAGACGACGGAACACCAUCCGAAGCUGGUUCGGAGGCAGGAUCGAACGAAGGAUCCGACCAUGACGAAAAGGGUGAGGGUGGAGCAUGCUCGAACUGCGGCGUCGUCUGCAAUGUCACACAGAUGACAUCCAAGGGACACCUGUGCAAUUCCUGCUACCAGCACUGGAGACGCACGGGAGCGUUGAGACCCACGUCGGGUCCCGCGGCAGGCACUCGCGGCGGGAGCGGCCCCGACGGGGGCCGCCAGAGGCUGAAGCCGCCGCGGGGCAUGUUCAUCAAUCACGACGACUUGGCGGUGAUGGCGUCGGGCAAUGCGGCAACGAUCAUGCUCAGGGGCAUGGAAAGGGAGGUCAGUUCCCUGCAGACACAAAUCCAAGCCAAUAAACAAAACAUAAGUUCCUUAAAGCGCAAGCACUCCGAUUCUAUAGAAGAUCUCCGUCCACCAAACAUCGCUGACAACUCAUCCCGUAUCACCGCACGCUGGACGAACGAGGAACUGUUGAUCGCCGUCCAGGGUGUACGCAAAUACGGCAAGGAUUUCAAGAGCAUCGCCGAGGUUUUGGGCAACAAAACGGAGGCCCACAUCCGCACGUUCUUCCUUAAUCAUCGCAAACGCUACAACCUGGACGCCAUCCUCAAGGAAUGGGAGACGGACAACGGUCCACUGCCGGACGACACUAAUGACGUGAAGGAGGAAAAUGCGGAGAACAAUGACAAUGAUGUCAUUUGUAUAUCGCCGACGCCGACCAAAAAGGAAGCGAAGAACGGCAAAACGGCGCCGAUCACGAAAUGAUGUCGCGACGUUUCAUUCUAAAGAGUCGGUAGUUGCUUUUAGACACUUGGAUAGCUUUAUACUAUAUUAAUGAUGUUUAGUUUAAUUUUGUCUUUAUCUUAAUUCUUAUAGUUUUAAAUUUCGACUAUGUAAUUAUGGUGUAGUCAAUAUUUUUCUAUUGGUGUCUAAUUUUCGUGGACACAUUUGUUUUGCCAAAUAUUUAAAGCUUUGAAUAUACAUACAACAUUAAAUUAUAUCUCAUUAAUACAGUAUAUUGCUGCGUGUCGACGUACCGACACAUCUCAUAUUUCCAAUAGAACAUAUAACUUUCCAUUUUAUUGUGUAAGAAUACUGUACAUAUGGUACAAUAUGUUGUCAAUGUACCUUUUA